AUGUACAUAGAGGACAUGUCCCGCCUUUUCAAGCGCGCUGACCCCAACAUGAGUGAAGGCAAGGAGGUGCACCAUCUCAUGCAUGGGGUCACCUUGCUGCUGGUCUUCCUGGGGAGGCUUCGCCGCAGCCUUCCACCAUCAGGCCUCUGCUGCGCCCUCUAUGGGGCACUGACCGUCGCCGCCGUGGUUGACAUGGUUCGUUUUCUCGAGAGGAUUCAUAACGCAGAGGAUAUCCACAUAAACGACGUGGAACUUCGUGGGCCGGUAAUAGUGGUCAGCGUUUUGCUAACUUUCACCACUGUCGGGAACUUUGUCAUCGCCGGUCUCCAAGACACCGUGUUUGCCAAGUCCGCCAGCGUCAAGAUACCUUCCGGUCCGAAGAACGAAGAUGACAUGUCACCCUUCGGAAAGAUUAUUGCUGCUGCGUUGUUCCCCCUUUUUCGAGAGCAGCUCCGUGGAAGCAAAGACAUGGACUCUGCAUUUCCAGAGCUAAGGCGGGGAAUGAGGUGCAAGGAUUUGGUGACGUACCUCAACACUUGCAUUACACGCGGAAAGAAGGACGUCAUCCGUCGUCGCGUCUUCUUGAAGUCCAUGAUAGGUGUCCUCUGGGUGGACGUGGUCCGAGUCACCGUCUGCACCCUGGCCUACUACGGUUGCCUGUUCGCCAGGGUUCCAGCACUCGAGCUGCUGAUGGCCAGCUCCACCCGGGGAGACAUGACAGCGGCGGCCAUCUUGUUAGUGGCGGUCAGCGUGGCGGAAUACCUUGUCUCGGUCUACCACAUGGACAUAAUCAUCGUGUUCGGCUGCCGCAUGCGAGCCAUGAUGCAAGGGGCCAUUUUUAACAAGGCCGUCCACAUGCCGGCGACCAUGAGGAGCACCUACCCUACAGGCUCGGUUGUGUCCCUGCUGGCCGUGGACUGCGGGACGCUCGCCUUGAGCAUGAUGGUGUUCCCCAUGCCCCUCGGUGGACUGGUCACUCUACCCGUGGCGCUGUGGCUCCUGGCCGAGAGAGCGGGCACGUACCCCACGCUCUGCUGCUUAGCCUGGAUCCUACUCGUCUUUGCGAUGCCCUUCUGCGCGUUCAGGUUCCAGAAGAAGUUCUGGCAACGUCAAAUGAAAGCCCGCGAGGAGCGCAUUAAGAGUCUGUCGGACCUGUUCGCUUCCAUCCGAACGGUGAAGAUGUACGCCUGGGAGGAGGCCCUGCAGGAGACAGUACAGCGUCUGCGUAAAGUGGAGCUCUCGUGGCUCUUUCGGGCGAAUCUGCUGGACGGCGUACUUGAUUCUGUUUACACGGCCUCCACCUCUGUGCUGACGAUCAUCCUGUUCUCGGCGUUGUACUUCCUGGAGCCCGACAUGCAGCUGACGCCGGAGCUGUCCUUCUCGUGUCUGUACCUGCUGUUCGUGACGGAGCUGACGCUCUGUUCGACGGCGCUGAUCUUCAGGAAUGGACGACAGCUAGCUUUGGGUCUCGGACGCAUAUCAGAGUUCUGCACUGAGAUGGAUCAAGAAGAACACAAGGAGAAGGCUACCUACGAAAUUUACAGGAAGGCAGGUGAGCUGCCGUCAGCAACGACAGCAUCAGUAUACCACUGCUCGCAUCUCACAUGA